UUAUGAAUGAUGUGUCAAUAGCGUAGAAUUUAGAAUUAGAAUUUUUAAAACGAUUUAUCCAUCUGAUUUGCGUUUUUUUAUAAUAAUAAGGUGAUACUUUACCACGAUAUAAUGGCAGUUGUAAUAGAAACAACACUCGGUGAUAUUACAGUAGACUUAUACUUAGAUCAGCGUCCCGUAACUUGCUUGAACUUUUUGAAGUUAUGCAAAAUGAAAUAUUACAAUUUUAACUUGUUUCACACAAUACGCAGUGGGUUCAUCGCUCAAACUGGUGAUCCUAGUGGUGAAGGAUCCGGUGGACAGUCCAUAUGGGGCAUUCUAGAAGGACCAGAUAAGCGAUUUUUCUCCGGAGAGAAAAUGCCCAAAAUACGCCACACCGAUGCUGGUUUAUUAUCAAUGGUUUGUACAGAUGAUAUGAUGGUUGGUUCUCAGUUCUUCCUGACUCUUGCGUCGGAUUUGGACUCUUUAGACGGGACACACUGUGUAAUAGGCGAAGUAACGGAAGGACAUGAAGUAUUAACCAAACUUAAUGAAGUGAUUUGUGACGAAUCUCAUCGUCCUUACCGAGAUGUGAGAAUAACUCACACUGUUGUACUUGAGGAUCCAUUUAACGAUCCGCCAGGCUUGAGAGCUCCAUCAAGAUCACCUUCACCAAAUCCUGAACGCCUAAAAGGUGGUAGGAUCGCCCCGGACGAAGAUAUUGAUGAAACUCAAGGUAAAAGUGCAGCAGAAAUACAAGAAAUGAUUGAAGAGAAAGAAGCCAAGGCUCGAGCCACAAUAUUGGAGAUUGUUGGUGACUUACCUGAUGCUGAUAUUGCUCCUCCGGAAAAUGUUUUAUUUGUUUGUAAACUUAACCCUGUUACAACUGAUGAGGACUUGGAAAUUAUAUUUAGUCGCUUUGGUAAGAUAGUCAGUUGUGAAGUAAUAAGAGACAAAAAGUCGGGCAACUCUCUUCAGUAUGCUUUCAUAGAAUUUGAAAACAAGAAAUCAUGUGAAGAUGCUUAUUUUAAAAUGGAUAAUGUGUUGAUUGACGAUAGGCGUAUUCAUGUAGACUUUUCACAGUCUGUUUCCAAAAUGAGGUGGCUGGGAAAAGGUAGAGGAGUACAGUAUUUUAAUGAAGACUCUAAAAAUAUUGAAGAAAAAUACAGAGAAGAAAAAGAUAGCAGGGAUAGCCAAAGCAAUGGUAAAAGAUAUCAUAGCAGUAGACAUGAUAAAGAAAAACAAUAUAGGAGUGAUAGAGAUAAACAUCAUGAUGAUAGAAAAGAAAGGGAAAAGCAUGGCAGAGAUAAUAAAGAAAAAGACAGGCAAUAUAGAGAUGAAAUAGAAAAAGAUAGACAGUAUAAAAAUGAUACAGAAAGGGACAGGCAACAUAAGAGUGACCGAGGAACUGACAGGCAACCUAAAGAUAGCGAAAAAAGGAGACCACAUAAAAAUGAUAUUGAAAAAGACAGGAGGUAUAAAGAUGGAGAACAUAAAGAAGAUAGAGUAAGGGAUAAGUACUAUGAAACUGAUAGGCAUAAACAGCGUAAAGAUGAUAUUGAUCAUAAUGCAGAGGAUAGACAACAUAGAGAUGGCAAAGCAAGAGAGAGACAACAUAAAGAGGAACAAAUAAAAGAUAAGCGGCAUAGAGACAAAAAAGAGAAAACUGACUCCAGAGAUAAAAGUAGAAGCAGAAGCAGAUCUAAAGCAAAUCACUCUUAUGCUACAAGUAGCAAUAAUGAUGGAAAAAUCAAAAAAGGUAUGGAAGAUGGCUUGAAUAAAUCACACAGACAUAGAAGUCAUAAUAUUGAUAAUAAUCAUUCAAGUUAUCAUAAAUCAGAAUCCCCUUCUCUAAGAAAUAAGAAUAAAUCUGAAUACAAAGACCAUAGUGAUGACCGUAGAAAGGAAAGUAUAACACAGAGAAAUAGUAGGGAGAAUAAUGACAGACAUAAAGAAAAGAACAGAGAAAACAGAACUGACAAACAUAGGCAAGAGUUUGAACCAAAGACACCAUCCCCGGUAACUGUAGACAAAAAAAAUAAGAAUUCAAAACAAAUAAGUAAUAAAAUAAUCUCUGAUAAGAAACAGAACAAAAAAGACAAUGCAAAGUCUAAAAAGAAGAGAAAACCAUCAACGUCUUCUGAUGAUUCAUCUGAAUCAAGUUCAUCGAGUAGCUCUAGCUCGUCUAGUGAAAAUGACAGUAGAAAAAAGCAAUUGAAAAGAAGAAAGAGGAAACAUUCUACAUCAAGCAGCAGCUCUAGCUCUUCAAGCAGUUCCAGUAGCUCAGACAGUAGUAGUGAAUCUAGCUCAAGUUCAGACUCUGAUAAUAGUAAGAGAAAACGUGUUAAGAAAACUUCUAAACAGACAAACAAAAAACCUAAAAGAAAUUUAUAGGAUUUGUUGUUUUUAAUUUUGUUUUGUUGUGUACAUAAAUUGUGUACUAUUAUUAGUAUCAGGUUUUCUCUAGGAUAACUUAAAUAUUUGACAUUGAUUUAGUUAAUUUGAAACUUAAACUAAGCUAGUCCAACUAAGCAUUACAGUUUUUAUUUGAGUAGAUGGUAUCAAGGGUACAGUGGUAAAACUGUAAAGUGAUACUGUCUGCUGAUAUGAUUAUUAUCAGUUAUUACAGCUGUAAAAUUACUUACUAUAUUGUGUACUACAAACUGAAAUACUCAUAUUAUUAACUUUCAUGUUGCCAUCCCUAGAGAAUAAAAUUGUAAUUGAAAAAAGCUAAUUUUUCAGGAAUAAUAAAAAACUGAAUUUUGAAUUGAUUGAUGACAAUGUAAUAGACUUAGAUAAAAGUGAGAAAGCUCGAAUGAAAGCUUAGUUUUAAAGCUUUUGUUAAGCUUAAUUAACAAAAGCCUAGAUAUAAUAAUAAAGCCAAAAAUAAAAAAAUAAAUGUUCCCGAAAAUAAAUCACCAUACAAUUUCAUAUUGUAAUGUUCAUUACCAUUUUAUUUGCCGUACUGUCUAACCGGGCUCUAAUAUUGUACUGUGCACUUACCAUUUUUAUCUGUAGAUUUUUAACCUAAAUACCUAAUAAACCUAAUAAAAUAAAAUAACCCUAAUAAAAUAGUAAGUGCAAGUGAUGAUGAAUUACACACACUGACCGGAAGAUUUUGAACAAGAAUAAAAUGGUAACUGAUUUUAUCAUAAUCAAAUCUUAAAUUUUGAUUACCGGAAGACAAUUGUAUGGCUGUGUACCAUAAGAAGUAGAAAUACAUUAUGAUAAUAUUAUAUUACCAUUUUAUUCUCCUACCUUUAUGCCAGUAAGUAUAUCUUGGAAUGCUAUUGUAAUAUUUUUGUAACUUCAUUAAUAACUGCAUAAAAAUUAAGAAAAAAAUUGAGCUGAUGUAUUAAUAAUAUUAAUGUAUUAAUAGUAAAACACGUGUAAUAGGAGUUACUAUUUUAUUCUCCGGGAACAGUGAUGUGUUAACUCCAGGUUCUUUAAGUUUUUAUUGAAACAAUACAAUACUAUGGGGCUGUUCUGUACAGUUGAUUGGACUAACAAAUAAUUGUAUUAGGUUGUAAGUCUUAUAGAGUAGAUGGCUUUUUAAGCUUCAAAUGAACUUGUGUCAAUGAAAUAUUAAAAACCAAAGUAGGAACAAAACAAUGAAUUUGAAUUUAAAAUGUUUGUACAUAAUAAACUUAUCAUCAAAAAAAAUUAAAACAGUCUGCCUGAACAGUACUUGCAGGCUGUUUUAUUUAUUUGAUGAGAAGUUUUUUUUUAACCGACUUCAAAAAGGAGGAGGUUCUCAAUUCGGUCGGUAUUUUUUUUUUUUUUUUUUUUUUUUAUGUAUGUACACCGAUUACUCAAAGACACCUGGACCGAUUUCAAAAAUUCUUUUUUUGUUUGAAACGGUAUAGUCCCCAUUUGGUCCCAUUGCCAUCAUGUCAAGAUCUGAUGAUGGAUUCCUGGAGAAAUUGAGGGGAACUUUCAAAAAUUAUAUGAGUAUCUAGUGUGUUCGUAAACUUUUCCAUUUAGUACUUUUAAGCACUACAAUUUCAUGAAGGUUUAAAAUCGAUCUGAUGAUGGAGCCAUAAAACAGACGAGGAAACUCCUCGGCGAUUUAGAGCAGUUACCUUGUGUUUGGGCUUGAUUAAUUUGUAUUAAUGAGAACUUUCCACAUAGAUAGGUUGCGACUGUCAUUUAGGGGUUUGGUGAUGAAGACCAAGGACAGUUAAGGGAACUCCUUAACAGUUUACAGUAACUACCUUGUGCUUGGGCUUGAUUAAUUUGUAUUGCUGAGAAUUUUACACCAAGAAGGGUUGUGAAUGUCAUUAGCGGUCUGAUGUAUUCGUUUGAGAUGAAAAUUUACACUAAAAAUGGAAAAAUAAUAAAAAUUUUAAUAAAAAAAUACUACCGACUUCAAAACCUAAAAACAUACCCACUAAACUAAAAAGCGAAAAAUAACAUCAUAAUAUGUUCUACCUGCUGAUCAGUAUGAAGGCGGUGCUUAGCUGGUGCUGUCUUAAUUUAAGCCAUUUCUGACAGGACCACAUCACAUGGCUCACACAUGGCUUAAAUUAAUACAUCACCGGCUUAGCACCGCCUUCAUACUGAUCAGCAGGUAGAACAUAUUAUGAUGUUAUUUUUCGCUUUUUAGUUUAGUGGGUAUGUUUUUAGGUUUUGAAGUCGGUAGUAUUUUUUUAUUAAAAUUUUUAUUAUUUUUUUAUGUAAUGAAAUAUGACAUAUUGAUUUACAUACAAUACCUAUAAAAUUGAAUAAAAGUGAGUAUAUAAUGCAAAUUUUGAUUAUCAUAAUUUAUUUUAAGCAAUGUAUUUUACUGAAAACAGUCCCAUGCUAUUUUAUAUUAUCCUUUAUAUUGGAUUCUUAUAAUAUAAAUUGAUGUCUCAUAAUCGUUAUCAACUCAUAUUCAGCUCACUGUUGACCUCGAGUCUUCCCUCAGAAUGAGAGGGUGUAGGCCAAUAGUCCCCACGCUGGCCAAAUGCAGAUUGGCAGACUUCACACACAUGGAGAAUUGAGAAUAUUCUAAGGCAUACAGGUUUCCUUAUGAUGUUUUUCCUUCACCUUCGAGACAUGAUAUUAAUUUCUUUAAUAUGACUAAUUUAUAUUUACUAUUUAAAGAUUUUUUAAUUAAUAUUAAAAACAAACAGAAAUUUUCAAUAGACUUCUGAUAAAAAUGUAUGUGUAUGAAAACCAAAACAAGUCAGUGAUUGUAUCAAUGUAUCAUUCUUUAGAUAAGAAUUGUAAUAUUCUUAUAAUAAUUUAAGAUUCCGGGCAUUGUAGUACAAAAUGUAGUAGAAUAAGUUUUUCAUAUAUACUCAAAGCACAACUAUCCGCCCAUUUUAUAUGACGCGAGUAUAUUAAAGUGGGCGGAUAAUUGUGCUUCUGAGUAUAUUUUGAUGAAUUGCAAUAAAUCUUAAAUCGUUUUCAAACCUUAAUAAUUAAUUUAAGACUUAGAAUUUAGGACUUAUUUAGGCGUGUAUUUUUAUUAAUAUCAGGCCAUUAAAUUUAUAUUUAAUACAA